GCCAAUGCGAGGGCGCGGAGGGGGAGGCGCGGCGUUCAAAUGCGCGCGGAGCAGCAGCCGCGGGAGGCGGUGGCUCGGUCCCGGUCCCGGUCCGUCCGGCGCGCUGCAAACAAAGUUGACCAACAACAGUAACAAGAUGGCAUCUGUGCUCCAAAAUGUCAAAGCGACAGUGGCGUGGCGGAAACACCAGCUCCUGGCUGACCUCAAUGAGAAUGAGAGCCCUGUGCCUGACAAAUUCAAGAGAAGGGGCUCUCAGAGUUCUCUUAAUACUAUUCGCAUGUCUUUAAGGAAACGGGCACCAUUAAAGCGAGUAGAGCUGAAUUUUCAUAAAACCCCAACUAGGGAAAGUCUAGAACCUAGACAGAGGUGCCAAACUCUUCACACUAUUAAAAGAACAGCAAAAUAUGCUUUUGGAACAAUGUCCCAGAAAAUACAGAAGUCUUGCCAAAGCCCAGUACGCUCAGUGGUGACCCUUCUGGCUGAACCCAUCAGCAGCAGUGUGACCAGCUCUACCAAAAAAAGAAGUACUACACCUCGAACACCUUGCUAUAAGAGUGUUACUCCAGCAGCCAGUUCCAAAGGCACUCCAAGGUCCAGCAGAAGGGCCUUGCUUGGGCCAACAAGGGUGUCAGAACACAGAGAAUGGAGGGAAUUCUCAUCCUGGCUUGGUAAAAAUGCUGUCUCUCCCUGGAGAUCCAGAAGAGCAGCAGCACUGAAGAGCCCUUAUUCAUCACCUGCUCCUUCCAGCAGAAAAAUAGAGUUUGACUGCGAGUUGGAACUGGUCUCCUCAGGGAUUUGCCAACUGAAGUGCAUCUCCCAAGCAUUCGAUGAUGCCAUUGUGAAAGAGGAGAGGAAAGAAGCAAUAUCAAACUACUACUAUCUAAUGGCACAAAACUCACAGUCUGUACACCGAUCCCUGAGACCAUCUCAAGCUAUCAGAAGGCAAGCAAAGAAACUCCAUCAGGCACUUGGUACCUAGACAGAGAUGGCUGUAACUGUUUUUUCAUGUUUCCAAGUUUAUGAGCACAUAUAAAGGAGAGGUCUGUAGAGCACCUGAAAGGCUGCACUCUAUACACUUCAAUGAGCCUUUACACUUUUUUUUUUUUUGAUGAAGCAGCUCAGGACUUCCUUUGCUUUCUCUUUUCAAGUAAAGAGAGAAUCAAAAUAUACCAACCAUAGUGUAUUAUCUCCUGCUGAGAUGAGGGAACCAUCUUGAAAGUGACUUGCAUUAGGCAGUAAGUACUUAAGAAACUGAUGCUGAACUGGCCAGUAAGAAUGGCCAAAGUAAGAGCUUAUGAAGGGUAAUCCUAGGUCAGAGUAGUGUUUAAACUGGUAUCCAGCGCCCAUGAGAUUUAGCACAAAUAUUUUCCAUGUGGAAAAGAUUGGUCUAUUAUUUUGAAAGCCUAACUUGUUGGCUUUUUUUGUUAUUAGCAAACUAAAAGUUAUUCAUUAUAUUAGCUGGAAGUUAAUAAAACAGUAGUGGCUUUUUUGAGUUCUAGGCAAAACUCCCAUUCUAAAGCACUAGGCUUCUCUGGAGUCACUCAUGCCCCAAGAACAGAGCCAUAUUAGGACUCUUGCUUCAUGCCCUUAACUAAUCCUAUUUUUAGGUAGUUUGGUUCCAGACAAAUCAGAGCAAUUGUUAUUUCUUACUGCUGCUUUAGAUAGCAUCUUGGCAGUUGAGUUAAAUAUUGCUUUUGUGCAGCAUCUGUCUUUUAGCUCUACAUGAAAAUUUGUUACUACAAUUAAUGUAACCUCUUGCAACUACCAAUAUCUGUAUUAGGAUUAGCUAUGUGGACAGCUAAUAUCACAUUAUGUAUACUUAGCAUUUGAUACUUGCGUUUUGCUUCUAAUUACUUUCAAAAAAUUAACAUUCAUUUGACAAGCCUUUUUUGGUAGGUCAUUUAGUGUAACAAAGUUUAGUCUUUCAAACUAAAGCAAAUAUUUCUCAAGUUUCUAGAAUUCAACAGCAGGGCUUUUUUCCAUGGUAAACUUCGUGCAGGCUUCUCCGUUUAUGUUCACUCUAAAAUGAACAUUCAAACGAAAGACUGAUUUGGGAAAUCUUGCUCUACUUGAUAAUUUUUAAGAUGUGCAUGUGACCUAGUAGUUCCACUGUUACUAAAAUUUUAAUGGUAUCAAGUAUAAAUAUGAGAAGUAUUCAAUUAUGAUUUAUAUGUAAGUAUUGAUUUUAAACUUAGUCACAAUUCUCUUUUUUCUUGUCAAACCCCAAACCAUUUUAAAACAUUGAAACAGUUAAUGAGGCCUGGAAACAUGAAAGCAACCCUUCCAGCCUGAAGACUUCUAACUUUCAGAUGACUGAGAAUUUUAGCUUCUGUUCUUUCUUGAUGCAGUGUUUGUGUGUGUUUUGUGGGCUGGUUUUUAGGGUUUUUUAACAACUUUUCUAUCUGAAAGUAUAGAAAGAUAUAGUAUCACCAAGUUAUUCUUUGCAUGUCCUGAAACUAAAAAGCUUUCAAAAAAUGUUGUCUUAUUAGUGAAAUGCCUUCUUCUAUGGCUUUUGAAAAGGAAGAAGAGUUGGAGUUUUUUGAAACCUUGACCUCCAAUCUAAGUAUUAUUUCAGACAGAUCAAACAGCCUCUAUUUAUGAUGCUUCCACUAGCUACUUGGACAUGUACAAUUAGGAUCAAAUAUUUAUCAAAUUACUGGUAAGAAAAAUCAGUGACACUGUUUAAAGGCAAGAAGGUUUUAUUUAAGUGGCUAAUCUGUUUUAAGAUUUUAAAAACCAGCUCACAUCAAAAUCUGUAGCAGUUGUAGAAAUCUUACUCCUUAUUUCAUAUUAAGAAAUUCAUUAUUGUACAUUUUUGAAUCUUUACAAGGCAGCCAUAAGAAAUAUAAACAUUUGUCACCAGACAGAACCUUCUCACUGACAAUAUUUAAAAGUAUGCACUUAAUAAAACUAUAGACUGAAAGAACA